CACCUAUAUAUAAUAUAUAUACACACACCAUUUAGAUCCAGAAGCAUAUCCAUAUUCCACACCAUCAUUCUUCAUCAAUCAAGAUGACCAAAAUCCACUCUCUCCGUCGAGUACUCCUCCCAUGUUUCACCUCCACCACCACCACCCACCACAACCACAACCACCACCACCACCAACCCACCACCAAGAAACGCCUCAGCACCUCCCUCCGGGACGACAUCUCCCAAGAUCAAACCCUCGACGACCACCCAGAUCAAGACUCCGACCACUCCUCCCAACCCCACCACCCAAACCCACCAAGAUUCUCCAAAACCAUGGUAAUCGGCACCAUCUUCGGCCACCGCCGCGGCCACGUCUGGUUUUCCGUCCAACACGACCGCUUAAAACCCCGACCCCUUCUCUUACUCGAACUCUCCAUCCCCACCCAAACCCUAGUCCAAGAAAUGCGCUUCGGGCUUGUCCGGAUAGCCCUCGAAUGCCACGGGUCACCUGGUUCGGAUCUCGGGUCGUGCCCGCUCCGGUCUGUGCCGGUUUGGACUAUGUAUUGUAACGGAAGGAAAUUAGGGUUUGCUGUUAGAAAAAAAACCACUGAACCGGUCCGGUUAAUGUUGAAGUCAAUUCAGUCAACGACUGUGGGAGCCGGUGUUAUACCCGGUUUUAGAUUUGACUCCGGUGGUGUUGACUCGGGUGUUGACUCGGGUGAUGAGUUGAUUUACAUGAGGGCUAACUAUGAGUGCAUGGUCGGUGGACCGGAUUCUGAGUCGUUUCAUUUGAUUAACCCGGAUGGGUGUUUGGGUCAGGGUCAAGAGUUGAGCAUCUUCUUGAUGAGAUCUAGAUGAUGAUGAUGAUGAUGAUGAUUUUUUAAGGUGGAAAACAAACAAGUUUUCUUGAUUAAUUAUUGUUUAGGAGGGUUGUUGCGUAUUUUUUUGGUGGUAGAUGAGUGAUUUUGUUGUUAAUUACUCUUUUAACAUAGAUGUUAAUGAGAACAAAUUCUUGUUGUUA